AAUGCAUGUUGUGAACAGCAGUUUUCCCGGAGUUUGAUGAAACCGAAAUGAAACAAAACUGCGCUUUUUCCCCCCGCGAAUUUAACCAUAAACUACGUACCACGGGACCGGGGCACAAUGGAGUGUUCCGUGUCCUCUCUCAUGUCCCUCCUGUCCCCCGGCCUGGCUGUAGGACCCUCUCUGUCCUGUGGGGGCGCACUUGGGCUGUGGUGGGUGGGGCUUCCUCUGGAGGCUGGCUCUGAGCUGCCGAAUGGGCGGGACUUACCACAGGACAUGACCAAUAACAUGGAGACAGCUGCCAAUCAAAAGGCUUCGAUGUCACUUCCUCUGUUCCUGCGUUUUGCCUGUCAGGCUCAGAGCCGCUCUCAGCAGAACCUCUCAGUCCAAACCCAGGACCAGAGAAUCCGAACCACACAGACCAUCUCACCUGGAACUGAACUACUGCUGCGACCCAGCACAGACCCAGAUCCUGUCAGAGAUGGAAACUCCGCAAAGGCUCCUGGGCCACAAACUGAAGAAGUAUCUCCUCCAACAGAAAACACCAAAGCAACAAUAAAUGACGAGGCACUAAAAAUGGCUGCCACAGAAAAAUGCAUAUUAUUAAAGGAAACUGAGAGAGAUGAAUCCAAAAUGGAGGACAGUACAGACAAUAUGACAAAGACGCAAAGAGGAAAGAAUAAAACACAACAAACCAAAACUGUGUUUGACAAUCAAAAGCUAGAGGUGUUCAAAAUGCCUGACUCAGAAAACCUGGUGAACAGACUCAAAAUGGAGGCAGCGAAGCAGGACACAGCGCCCCCUACAGUCCGCUACAGCUCACGUUUGGCCCUGAAGCCUCGUCAGGUCCAUCGUCUGUCCUCCAGAGUGCUACCUCCUCUCCAUAAACAAGGUCUGAUGAAGACUAAACCACAGAAACGAGAAGUGAGGAGCAGAGGAGCAGAGGAGAGAGGGGAGGAGGAGGAGAAGGGGAGAGAGGGUGUGGCCACAGAGAGCACAGGGGGAGCAAAGGUACAGGUGAAAGAGACGCCAAGAGAGGGCGUUACUCAGGACAUGACAGGUGUGGCUAUUAUCGUGGAGGCGGCAGGUGGACGGGAGCGGCGGCACACCUGCUUAACAUGUGGGAAGAGCUUUUACCAAAAGAGCCAUUUAAAGAAACACGAAGUCACCCACAGUGAUCAGAAACCCUUCUCCUGCGACAAGUGUGAGAGAAGCUACUCAUCUAAAGAGAGCUACAAGGCCCACCAGUUGUUCCAUCAGGGGAAGCGGCCUUUCCUAUGUCCUCUCUGUCCAAAGGCCUACGGUUUAAAAAGGGACCUAAAGGAACACCUGGUGCUGCAUUCUGGACUCACACCGCACGUGUGUCCCCACUGUGGACGGGGCUUCACACGCAGACCCUCACUACGAGCGCACCAACUCAACCACUGCGCCAAACGCCCCAAUACAGCAGGGACAAAGGUCCAGGUCCAGUGCUCGGUCUGCAGAAAGUUCCUGUCGAACUCUGGGUCUCUGAAAAACCACAUGAAGAUCCACACAGGAGAGAGGCCUCACAUCUGCCAGCACUGUGGGAAGAGCUUCAGCCAGAAAGGAAACCUUGUGGCUCACGUGCGAGCUCACAGUGGGGAGCGGCCUUACACAUGCACAGACUGUGGGCAGGGCUUCGGCCAGCGAAAGGAACUGCAGCGCCAUCAGCAGGUGCACAGCGGUACUGCGUUCCUCUGCAGCUGCUGUGGGAAAGUCCUGAGAGACGCACACACUUUGAGGGCCCACGAGGCUCUGCACUCAGGGGCCAAAGCUCACAGCUGCAACCUGUGCCCCAAACGCUACGUUUCGGGAACAAAGUUGCGUCGCCACCUCCGCAGUGCUCAUUCUUCAGAGAAGCCCUUCACCUGUUACUGUGGUUCUGCCUACUCGCUGCGCCAGAGCCUCACUCGCCACCAGGCUCUGCACCGAUUGGAUGAGACAAGGGCAGAGGCUGGACGUCUGUUCGACCGGCAAAUCAGGGGACAAGCAUGCAAAAUCUACAAGGACUUCAGCACAAACCCAGAGGUGUACAGGGGAGAAGAGGGUCAAAUAAGGGAUGAGGGGGAGCAGAGAAAAGCGGAGGGGAUGGGGGAGGAGGGGGACGCAGAGCUACUCCUCAUUCAAGAAGUGGCCGAGACUAUAGAGAUUAACACAGGGUGAAAAAGUAUGUUAAAGAGGGGGUAUUAACUGCUAAAACAUAACAUAUUUAGCUCACCAUGCUACUUUAUUGCUUUGAAAAUGCUAUAUUUGCCGAAAAUAAUGUGUUAACAUGUUUUAUUUUUGUUUUUGUUGCUCUGAGUCACCUCCCGGACUCACGCCUCACUCAGACUGCAUGCGGUCCAUGUUCAACGUUUGUGUUGGACCGGUUUAGCUGUGCUGUGCUCUGCUGUGCUGUUGCAGUUCACGCAAUAACUAUUUACUUAUUAAAGGAAAAGGCUACGGUCGGCUCCGGCAAUAGAAUCCAAUGGAUAAAAUUUUUCAGAUCUAUUCAGAACCCAAUAAAAAUAAAUGAAAGCUAACAGUUAACUGAUGGGGCAGGGGGGAUGCUCUAUGUACCUACCAUACAACAGAGCAUCCCGACAUAGACAAAAAAAUAGAUUAUGGCCCCGCCCUAAACCACACAGGGCGUCGGUCAUAUUGGGUCAAACUUGAGACGUCCAAAAUCAAGACCUCAUACUUAAUGAGCUUGUCCUAGGGUUUUGAUCCAACGUACUCCAAACUGAGGCAGUAUCAUCAGGACAUAUCUGGAGUCAAAAGUUUCCAUAAGUGUCAGGGUGUGGUCAUCACGAGCUCUUACGAAGCGGCCAUUUUGAGAAAGUAUCAAAAUCCCUGUAACUUUUGCGAACAUCAUUAGAUAAGACUCCCAUGUAGCGUUUGUGUAUUGGAUAAAAUGGUGUGUGGAUUCAAAUUUUAUCUUUAAAAAUGGCUCUCCAGUGCCCCCUGCAAAGUUACAAUGGGCCGGAAACAUUUCUUUCUAAAGCAACACCAGAAAUCUUGAAUGACAUAUCAAGCCAGGGUUGAUUGGUGGCUCUUCCACUGUGUUAAAAGCUAUGCGUCAAAUAGUGAGUUCCCAUUUUGUCCAAAAUCAAUACAAUAUUGAGGCUGUUGUGUAUCCACCUGAUCCCGACUAUGUUUCUGAUUCUGACGACGACUCGUUUGUUACACAACUUAUGCUCCAGAUGAGCAGAAUUCAACCUCAGUGAGUUCCAUUUCAUGUCCUGGGUGGCGGCUGACGGCGCGGACGCGUCCAGCAACGGCUUGGGCGUGGAGUGGGCUGCUGAGCAUUUUGAUUUAAACAAAAAAAAAAUUAUAAAAUAAGAAAAGAGAGAAAAAAAACAGAAAACUUUAAUGAUGUGUGUAAUUUAAAUCAAUACUACCAAUCAGGUUGUAUUUUUCCUUCUAUGUGUUCCAUAAUCAGAAUGAAUACAACAGUUAUGCUAUUUCUGUGAUUUUAUUUUGAUCAGGUGUAAGACUCAUUUCCUUUCUUUUUUUGAAAUGUUUAUUCGGGUAUGAUUUUGAGUACAUGUUUUCAUAUUUUUCCAUGUGUGAUUUUGAAAUAAAGAUUUAAGUUGAGUUGAUUAAAAAUAAAUAUGAUUUAUUAUAAUCAAAAGGGGGGAAUUGUUAUGGCUUUCUUUAACAUAAAUCUUUAUUUGUAUUAUUAUGGAUCAUUUUGACCUAACCUUCGUAAUACCAUCUGUUAUGUAUGUUAUGUUGUUAUGUCUUUUCUGUACGUCUAGCGGCCUCCGGCCACUUUGAUUAGAAUAAACUGGCAAGAUUGUUUUGGUGGUAUACUCUUUAUUGUUUACAUUUGUCAGCUAAGGGCGAGACGACACUGCUAGGGACACAGCUCUUUGACAAUUGUGCACAGUUGAUUCAAUAAACCA